UUUGACCUUGUAACUGCUCUUUAAUAAAGUAAAAAUAAAAAAGUAUACAACUUGCCGGUGUCGUGCUUCUUUUCUGCUUAUCAAUCUUCACUCAGGAUAUUGAACUCGCUGAUUCAUCUUGAAACCUGUCGAAAGGAUGAGGACCAAAGGAGAAGUAUAUAAUCUGGCUGUUUUGAGGUAUGAAAGAGCAGCUCUUCUUCCUCUCAUCAACAGUUCUCUAUCUCACCAUCCCGGGCACUCCAUUCCGUCUUACUUGGUUCAAGAAGACAAAGCAAUUUGAUACACCAACAAUGAGCGAACUCCCUCGAACAAAGACGAACGAUACCGUCUGCACUCUCACAUCCCCUAUUUCUGGUGCUCCAUCACCCGAGAAAACAGCAGUUGAUGUAGACGCCAUUUGCAAAGAAAAGAAACUUGACAGCAAAUCUAUCGAUGAACUAUCACCUCCUUCGACUAACACUGAAGUACACCUCGAAGCUCAAACUCAGGAGGAAAGUAGUUUGACCAAGUUAAGUCCAAGCCGCAAGUGGUUCUUACUACUGGUUUUCAGUGUUGCUCAGUAUCUCGAUGUCUGUUCCGUAUCUGCCCUUUUUGUCCUUACCGAUGCGAUUCAAAAAGACCUUGGCAUCCAGUACGAGGCUUCCUCUUGGAUCAUUACUAGCUACUCCGUCACAUUUGCCUCAUUUUUAUUAUUCUGGGGACGUGUAGCGGACCUAUACUCGGCAAAAGCAGUCUUCGCAUACGGCUUCCUUGGACUCGGUGCUACCAACUUAGUCAUCUCUUUUAUGCCUAAUCAGUUUGCCUAUUUCAUCUUCCGUGCUUUGAGCGGAAUUGCUGGGGCUGCUACUAUUCCCUCGGCUUUCAGGUUGAUCCUCGCUCUUUUUGAGCCGAAAGAGCUCAACAUUGCUCUUACCAUUUUCGGUCUCAGCGGUGCCAUCGCCAACGUCACAGGCCUUGUUAUUGCUGGCUUCUUUGGAUUCAUCACUGCUAAUGACCAACAAGCCGGCUGGAGAUGGUUCUUCCGAAUGAUGGCUAUCGUAAUUGUACCUUUCGGCGUUUCCGCCCUUACUCUCAUCCCUCAAUCCGCUGGGAAACUGGUUGAACAACUUUCACCCCGAGAUAAGCUCAAAAGGCUCGACAUUGUCGGCUGCUUCAUGAUGCUUGCCUCCAUCAUCUUGCUUAUACUGGGUAUCACUCUCGGUGCUUCUUAUGGCUGGAAAAAACCAGGCUUCUUGGUUCCAUUUUUGCUUAGCUGGCCCAUCUUUAUUGCUUUCUUUAUCUACGAAGCGAGAUUACCUGAGAGCUACGCUUUGAUCCCUCCAUCAUUCUGGAAAAUUCCAAACAUGACCUUGUUGAUUGUCUUUGCGCUCGGUAUUUACCCUUGGUGGUGUGUGAGCCAACUGCCCCUGAUCGAACGAUUCAUCGACUACUUCAACGAACCUGCCAUCAUCGCCGCCCUCCGCGUCUUCCCUCAAGGUGCUUCAGGUCUCUUCGUGGCAUUCUUUGUCCCUCGACUUCUUCAAAAGGUCGGCAGUGCCCGAAUACCUCUUGCCGGCGGUAUGUUCGUCGGUGCUGCCAUGUAUCUACUCAUUAUUUUCAAUGAUGGCAAACUGGGGAGCGAUUAUUGGAGAUGGCUUUUCCCCGCUUUCAUCAUUGGAAGUGGUGCUGCUAUGAUAAGCUUCUUAUCUACAAAUAUCACAGUUAUGACCUCCGUUCCCCCCGAAAUUUCUGGUGUUGCGGGUGCGAUGCUCCAAGUCUCUCUCCAAGUCGGCGCUGCCAUUAGCCUCACUGUGCAGGCUGGGCUUCUGACCCUCAAUCCCGGAGGAAUGACCAACUAUGCCAAUGUGCAAGCAUCCUUAUGGUUCCAAUUCGGGUGGCUUGUGCUGAAUGCUUUGAUUAUUAUUGUUUUCUUUAGACAGAACAAAAUGCCAAAGAUAUCAGAGGAAGAGGGAGCUGGGGCGGCGUUUGGAGCAUAAGUCUGCGUUUUGGCAAAGUUGAGAGAAAUCAAAGAAUUUGUAUUACAAAACGAACGAUAUAGAGUAGCAAUCUUAUUAUUAGAAUGUAUAAAU